UAAAAAUCAACCGGCAGGCGGAGUUUUGUUUUGUUUAUAAAUCGUAACAACCAACACGUAAAAAUGGACAAACAACAGAAAACAAUAAUUCACUGGUUUCGGAAAGGUCUUAGGAUUCAUGACAAUCCAGCUCUAGCCGAAGCCAUCGAUCUGAUACGCAAAUCGCCGAACAAGUAUGUCCUGCGCCCAAUUUUUGUCCUGGACCCGGAAAUUCCGAAUUGGUUGAAAGUCGGUCCUAAUCGAUGGCGAUUCCUGCAAGAGUCACUAUUACAGUUGGACUCAAAUUUACGUAAAAUAAAAUCCAGAUUGUAUGUCGUCCGAGGAGAUCCGAAGGUGAUUUUUCCUAAAUUAUUCAACGAAUGGCAAGUAGAACUUUUAACAUUUGAAUCGGAUAUAGAACCAUAUGCAAGACAGCGCGAUAUGUUGGUGGAAAAGCAAGCAAAGAAAUUCAACGUAAAUGUUAUCACAACGGUGUCCCAUACGAUUUACAAUCCGGAACUGAUUAUUCAAAAGAGUCAGGGUAUUGCACCGAAACAAUACGAAGGCUUCCUGAAAAUUGUAUCGACCAUGUCAAUACCAGAACCUUUAGAAGCGCCAGCUGCUCUACCUGCUAAGUCGAAACCAUCAAAGGACUCGAAUGAACACACAGAUUCAAAGUGCUAUGAUUGUCCUGCGUUACACGAACUGGGAGUGAACGAAGCAGAUUUGGGUGAUGUCUUGUAUCCAGGGGGCGAAACAGAAGGCUUAAAACGGUUCCAGGCAAUACUCCGAAAGCCUGAUUGGAUUUGUGGCUUCGAAAAACCAAAAACGUCACCCAACUCACUUAAACCAAGUACCACUGUUCUGAGUCCUUACCUUAAAUUUGGUUGCAUUAGCUCAAGGCUGAUGUAUUCGGAUUUGCAGAAAGUGUUGAAGAACAAGAAGAAACACACAACGCCACCUGUAUCUUUAAUAGGCCAAUUAUUAUGGCGCGAAUUUUUCUACACAGCAGCUGCAUCGGAUCCAAACUUUAAUCGUAUGGUCGGCAACUCGUUUUGUCGUCAAAUACCGUGGAAGAAAAAUGUGCAACAUUUGGAGGCCUGGACGUACGGUCGCACUGGAUAUCCUUUCAUCGAUGCUAUAAUGAGACAGUUGCGACAAGAAGGCUGGAUUCAUCAUUUGGCCCGACAUGCUGUGGCAUGUUUCUUGACCAGAGGUGACUUGUGGAUAUCGUGGGAAGAUGGGCAAAGGGUGUUCGAAGAACUGCUGCUAGAUGCCGAUUGGGCGUUAAAUGCCGGAAACUGGAUGUGGCUGUCGGCGUCAGCAUUCUACCACUUAUACUAUCGUGUGUAUAGUCCCGUCUCGUUUGGAAAGAAAACCGACAAGGAUGGUGAAUAUAUUCGAAAGUAUGUGCCGGAGCUGGCAAACUAUCCUAAAAGUAUGAUUUACGAACCAUGGACAGCGACUGCUGCUCAGCAACGCGAAUUCGGAUGCAUUAUUGGCAAAGACUAUCCGCAGCGAAUCGUCAUCCAUGACGUAGUCCUCAAAAAGAAUAUGGCAAAAAUGGCAGACGCCUACCAAAAGCACAGAGACGGAGGAGGAGGCGGAAAAUUUGACGUGGACAAUACUCAAGCUAAACCGGAACCGCAGUCACCGAAAACGGAACCGGUGUCACCAUCAACGUCGUCAGGUUGUUCAAGUUCAAAAAUCCUGAAAAUGGAACAGAACAGCACGAUAGUGAAAUACUUCAAAAAAGAUCCGAAGAGUCCAUGAUGGAUGAUCGCAAGGGUGUCCGCAUAUUCGCAAUAAACGACAACCGAUGUUCACAUGUUCCA